AUGAGCCUUUCGGAUUCACAUUCUAAUGACCAUGCAACUUCUUGUGUAAUCACCAUGCAAUCCACAUUCACACCAGAACCAGCAGGCUGUACUCUUUUAGACGGGUUUGCCAUAAUUGUCCAGCUCACUCUUGCAGCAACAGCACUUGCCGUAUUAGCUUAUAAACGAUGGCGAGAAAGACCUCAAAGACCAGUAAAAAUAUGGGCACUUGACGUCAGCAAACAAUUCGUUGGCGCAGGUGUGAUUCAUGCCCUGAAUUUAGCCAUCAGUUACUUGGCAGGCAGACCAAUGCAUGGACCACAGACCAAUCUGUGCGUGUGGUAUUUUUUGAACACAGCUGUCGACACAACAAUAGGUGUCGGAAUUCUGUGGUUUUGGUUACAUUUAUUAGAACGUAUCGCAGAUGGUCUCAUCAUCAGCCUACGAGACUCGGACAAGGAACUCAAGAGCGAAUCGUUGUCCUGGAUCCAGGAAACAACAAUUUUCUUAUUAGCAGAAGCCUUGAUGAAAAUAUGUGUCUAUGGUCUUCUUCAAGCCUUUCCAUUUUUUGCCCUUGGAGAAUACUUGCUCAGCUGGGCAAAGGACAAUGAUCGCCACCAGGUUGUGUUUGUCAUGUUCAUUUUCCCCUUGAUCAUGAAUGCUAUUCAAUUCUGGAUAAUCGACAGUAUGCUCAUGAUACGAGACCCAUGCCCUCAAAUCCUUCCAGAAGACAGGCGUUUUGAUGGUUUCGGUUAUUCAACCAUAUCAUCGUGUGACUCACUAAAUAUCCAGAAAAACUCUUCACAAGGUCCACUCGUGGUCUUGAUUCAUUCAAUGGACGAACACACACGGCUAUUAUAUGACGAAGGUGGCCACAAUCUGUAA